UGUUUAACUUUGGAGAAAAAUAGGGCAGCCCCCGCCCAAGUCAAUUUCCGUUUAUUUAUUAGAGCCUCUUACGUGAUUUGUUGUUUUUGCUCUCUUCCUCACACUGCUACAAUAGCUUUUCUUCUGCUGCAUCUGCUCCUCCUCCUGUUUCUGCUUCUUCUUUCUCUGGAGUUUUCGGCCUCAGUACGAAUCCUUCUGCUUCUAAGAUCCGCCAUCUUUUCCUAGAUUUUCUGUAAAUUGAUUAUCAGGGAGGAAGAAUAUGCAUUUAUCACUACUGGGCUGUGUAACUUCCACAUUCUCCUCAAACGAAAUGGAUGUGGCUUUUUUCCCCAUUAAGUUAGUGAAGUCUCCUUCUGUCUUCGUUGUCAGGGUUGAUGAAGCUGUGUGAUUUUUCAGUAAGGAGCACAAGAAGCUCCAGAGAUCUCUGCAGAUCCAUAUUAACCAUUCUUAUUAAAGGUUUCUAUCCAAGAAACGUUAUCAGAUAUUUAUAACGGGCUUCCACUGAAAGACUCUGCGCUGUUGUUGCUGAUAUAUAUAUAUAUAUAUAUAUACACACUAAGGAUGGACAGAUCAGACACGUCUGGCUUUGUAAGUGGGGGAAUUAGCUUUUUAGAGUUUUUUGAUUUAGUUCUAAUAUUUAGAACUGCUUGUAGUGUGUUGUAAAAAGUGUUCUUUUAGUUGGGACAUUCAGAGCUUUAGUGCACAACCUCACAAGAAUGGAUCUGAACAAGAAUGGGGUACUGUUAUCUUAUGAUGGAACUGUAAAAGACAAUGACGUCUUUGGUGAUAUUUCUUUAAGCUUGAAUUGUCUUGGCUAUGGAGGUAGUGACACAGUUAGAUAUGGGUGUAACCAAAGUAAUCUUGGGGCUAAGUUUUUUAAUGGUUCAGAUGACGGUUGCCGAUUGGUACUUGGGUUGGGCCCAACACCUAGUGCAUGCUCAGAUAAUUAUUACAAUGCUGGCUUCAAGAAGAACAAAGGAUUACCUACUCAGGGAUUGUUAUCUGAGGGUGACUCAAUCCUCCAACUCGGUCUUUCUGGAGGUGCUAAUGAGUCUUCAAGUGUGCUUGAUAUUUCAAAUUCAACGGAGAUGGAUAUUAAUACCUUCUCUCUCCCAAACCAAGUAUCUGCUGAAGAUAAUCUUGUGAUUCCUGUUGUUGAUGAGGGUUCUACCUCAGCAAAGAAAUCAGGUGGCUAUAUGCCAUCGCUUCUUUUGGCUCCCAGAAGUGACAAUGCCACCAAGGUUUUGAUUCCGACACGAGAACUUCUAGAGCUUCGGACCAAAUCCCAGUCAAGCCACGAGCCAUCGACUACGACAGAGUACUCAAUUGAGUACUCAGUUGGCACUAUCUCUGAGCAAGCAACUACUGGAGCAUCUUCGGACCACAGAAUCAGCAAUUCAAAGAAAUGCAGAUUUUUCGGCUGCGCAAAAGGAGCCCGGGCAUCUGGUCUUUGUAUUGGUCAUGGGGGCGGACAGAGAUGCCAAAAACCAGGGUGCAACAAGGGUUCAGAGAGCCGAACUGCCUAUUGCAAGGCACAUGGUGGAGGGAAGAGAUGCCAACACUUGGGUUGCACUAAAAGUGCUGAGGGGAAGACAGAUUAUUGCAUAGCACAUGGCGGUGGCAGAAGAUGUGGGUUCCUAGGUGGGUGCAACAAAGCUGCACGAGGCAAGUCAGGCCUUUGCAUUAGACAUGGAGGUGGUAAGAGGUGUAAGAUGGAAAACUGCAGUCGGAGUGCUGAAGGACAGGCUGGUUUGUGCAUCUCUCAUGGGGGUGGACGACGUUGCCAGUACCAAGAAUGUAAAAAGGGUGCGCAAGGGAGCACCAUGUUCUGCAAGGCACAUGGUGGAGGCAAGCGUUGCAUAUUUGCUGGGUGCACCAAGGGUGCUGAAGGGAGCACGCCGUUGUGCAAGGGACAUGGUGGCGGAAAGCGCUGCCUUUUUGAUGGUGGUGGGAUUUGCCCAAAGAGUGUCCAUGGAGGCACGAACUUUUGUGUUGCCCAUGGUGGUGGAAAGAGAUGUGCGGUGCCAGGUUGCACAAAAAGUGCACGUGGCCGCACUGAUUGUUGUGUCAAGCAUGGGGGAGGGAAGCGGUGCAAGUUUGAGAAGUGUGGGAAGAGUGCCCAAGGGAGUACAGAUUUCUGCAAGGCUCACGGCGGGGGCAAGCGAUGCACUUGGGCAGAGGGGAAAUGUGAGAAAUUUGCAAGGGGUAAGAGCGGUCUUUGUGCUGCUCACAGUAGCAUGGUCCUGGAGCGGGAGACAAACAAGGGAGGCAUGAUUGCGUCGGGACUGUUCCAGGGCGUUGUGACUGGUGCUUCAAUGGCAGGGUGCAGCAGCAGGUUUGGAAACAGUAGUUCUUUAUCCAGAGUCAGUGUUGCACCUACCAGCAUUGAGUUGCUGCAAAGGCCUGCAAAAAGAGCACAUCUCAUACCCCCGCAGGUAUUGGUUCCUCUAUCAAUGAAGUCGUCGUCAUCUAAUUCAAGCGUCUUGAGUGCUGAGAAGACACAGGGAGGAAUGAAUGCGAAUGUUAUUGGAGUUAGCAGUGGUGCAGGUAGCAAAAGAUUGGACUUCAUGGUUCCAGAGGGGAGAGUCCAUGGCGGUGGUCUCAUGUCAUUGUUUGGUGGGAAUCUGAAGAAUGCAUUUGAUAGGAUCUGAAGUUGGUCCCUCAACUUGUAGAUUUUUUUUUUUUUUUUUUAAUUUUUUGUUUAUUGGGUUACCAUUUUAAGCUGUGCAUAAGGUUUGGUGCUGUGAUUGUUGUUCAAAAGACUUGGUGGGUAAAUCCGUGUCAAUUUAUCAGCCAGUGUUAAUAUAUAUACUGUGGUGUUUUUAUUGUAA